UUCUACCAAAUAUUUGAAGCAAGAAUCCUUACAAAUUAACGAAGAAGGCACACAUAUGGCGAAGCAGUCAUUGGAGGUGGCGGUUGAAGGAUUGAAGAGGUUUCUUAGUGAGCAGAAUGGCCUCGAUGAAGUGACGGCUGCAAAAAUUGAGAAACUGGCAGCCGAGCUGCAAGGGACAGAUCUCAAUGGCUUUGAUCACCAUGUUCAAAAAGACCCAGUUCAGAUGAUUACAGAAGGGUUUAGAUACUUCAAGACCAACAAAUUUGACAAGAAUCCAGAAUUGUACAAUCGUCUUGCCCAUGGCCAGUGGCCUCAGUUUCUGGUAUUCGCCUGCUCAGACUCUCGAGUUUGCCCCUCUCAUAUCCUGAAUUUCCAACCUGGGGAUGCCUUCAUGGUCCGCAACAUUGCCAACAUGGUUCCACCAUUUGACCAGCUGAGAUACUCUGGCGCUGGCGCAGCCAUUGAAUAUGCCAUCAAAGCUCUUGAGGUACCAAAUAUCCUGGUGAUUGGACAUAGUCGUUGCGGGGGGAUAAAGAGGCUUAUGUCUCAUCCUGAGGAUGGCUCUGCUCCCUAUGACUUCAUCGACGAAUGGGUCAAAAUUGGUAAACCUGCCAAGGCGAAGGUCAUUGCAAAGUUUGGCCAUUUGCCAUUUGAGAAACAAUGUGAACAUUGUGAAAAGGAGUCAGUGGACUUGUCACUGAUGAAUUUACUGAGUUAUCCAUAUGUCCAGAAGGCGGUGGCAAGCAAGAGGCUACGGCUGAUGGGUGGCUACUAUAAUUUUGUUAAUGGAACUUUCGAGCGCUGGGAAUUUGAGUGUCACUUUUCACCUCACCUCCCCGCAUGACGAAUCUGAAUUACUGUAUUAUGUCAGAUUGCUGUUUUACUUCAUAUAUAUAUGUAUUUGCUACUGUAUUUAAUUGGCUUCGAUCGUGGACAGUAUUAUCCACUAAAUAAAGCAUAUACAGCAGCUCUUUCUCUUUGCA